GUGUUGGGCGACACACACACGCGCGCACACACAGGGUCUCCGGUGACUGUGAGACGACACACACGUACAGAAACUCCCGUGUUUACGUCGAUAACGGAAGUUCACGGCGGCGGAAUUCACCUGUAAGGUCGGAUGGAGCGCUACGAGUCUCUGGGUCUGGUCGGGGAGGGCAGUUAUGGCACCGUGCUGAAGUGCCGUCACCGAGAAUCCGGCCGCCUCGUCGCCAUCAAGAAGUUUGUGGACUCGGACGAUGACAAGGCGGUGAAGAAGAUCGCCCUGAGGGAGAUCAAGCUGCUGAGGCAACUGCGUCACGACAACCUGGUGAACCUUCUAGAAGUGUGGAAGCGUCGCCGCCGCUGGUAUCUGGUGUUUGAGUUCGUAGAGCGAACCCUACUGGAUGAUCUGGAGCAGAACCCGAGCGGACUGGACCUGAACACCAGCCGGCAGUACCUGUACCAGAUCUUGAGGGCCGCCGCUUUCUGCCACCAGCAAAAUAUCAUCCACCGUGACAUCAAACCAGAGAACAUACUCAUCUCUCAGGGCGGCGUGGUUAAGAUGUGCGACUUUGGCUUUGCCCGGACCAUGACAUCGUCUGCGGAGGGGGGGGUCUAUACCGACUAUGUGGCCACUCGCUGGUACAGAGCACCUGAACUGCUGGUGGGAGACACCAAAUAUGGAAAACCGGUAGACGUGUGGGCUUUUGGUUGUCUGUUAUUAGAGAUGUUAACAGGUCAGCCUCUGUUCCCCGGAGACUCCGACCUCGACCAGAUUUACCACAUCGUCAGGUGCUUCGGUAACCUGACGACUCAUCACCAGGAGUUGUUCUACAGGAAUCCCGUCUUUUCCGGAGUCAGACUGCCCGAAUAUUCUGGUCGAGUUCCACUGGAGCAGCGCUUUCCUAUAAUCACACCCACCGCCCUGGACCUGGCGCAGAGUUGUCUCCAGAUGGAACCAGAAAAACGAGCUCAGUGUUCAGAACUGCUAGAACAUCCUCUGUUCACACAAGACUCGUUCCACAUCAGAUUUUUGGACGAGCUGAAUGCUAAGAUCCAAAAAGACCACAGGGAAAACUCAACCCUUCCAAAAAUAACCAAAACUCCAAGACGAGAAAGGAAUGAAGGGGAUGACAAGAACCGGAGAAGCAAAGAAAAGAAACAAGUUGAAGAUAUUGAUGAGAAAGUCAACAAGGAGAAGGAGAGGAAGGAAGAAGAGAAAAUGGAGAAAUCAAAAGGAAAGCAACCUUCAAAGCUUUCUAAAACUAUUCGUAACACCUCAGAACCCUUGAUCUCCACCAAACAACCCAAAACUUUAGGUUCAAAGAUCGAUAAUGCAGCAAAACCAAAUUUGGCCAUUAAAAGUAAACCAGGAAAAAACACCAGUUUAGCUCUAAGGAAGGAACAAGAGAUUUUUAAAUCAAGUAAAACCCUUACUUCUGAUUCAUUGGAUCUGAAGGACAAUAACACAGUGGUAACUAAACCUAAACACAGGAAAGUUACUGUACUAGAGACGAGGGAAGACCUUUUGAAAAAUACAGAUGCAAAAGAAGGAGUAUCAGACAACAUCGUGCCAAGUGUGGUGGAGGUCUGUAGAUCGAGUAAAUCUGAGCUUCAAGACUUUGGUAAAAGCUGGAACAACUCAAACACAGAAGUGCCCAAAUUGUCUAAAAGCUCAACCACUGACCAACCAAAUGGGACUUCAUCUCCAAAAGCCUCUGUGGAUCGUACAGAUACGCACGUAACACAGAUAAUUGGCAAGACGUUCAGCACAGAAUACCCUGAAAGUGCUUCAACAUUCAUAACUUCUAAAAUAUCAAACAGUGAUCAAGCAGAGACAAGCUUGACACUGAAAUCAUCUCAACUACCAAGAAAUUACCAAAUUGAGGUUUCUACCACAACUAUCCCUUCUGUUACUCCAUGCAAGACGCCUACGACUUCAGAGCAUCAGGCCGAUCGUUCAACCACAGACACAGAGCAAGGAAGGACCUCUGAAUGUCCAAAAGUCUUACCCUCAAACCCUAAACCAUCCAAGACUACCUCGAACUCUUCCCUAAAAAUAACCAAAAACAACACAUUGUUGUCCCCCGGCCCUUCAAAGACUUUCCCCUCAGAUCCUUCAAGGCCGUGCUCAACAGUUGUUAGAGAAGCCAGUCCUGCCCACAGCGCUACAACAAUACCUAAAGGAACCUCAAAUUCAAAGUUGUCCAAAAUUGUCCCAUCCUCAGAUACUAAACCCACAAAUGACACCACAUGUGUACCCAACAAACCUUCGAGAGGCCUUCCAACGGACAGGGAAUUUACUGAAGUAUCGAUCGCAACCAAUCUGCAAGAUAUCAAUGAAGAUCACGGAUGUUUGAAAAUGAGCCCGGCUGCAAACCACAUAGAGAUAUCCAAGGGUUCAGGUGGAGAUUACAAGGAGAAUCCUGUCUUCUCUGAGCCCUCCAGCAUCCAUCCGCUGAGCACGUCUGCAUCCAAGAUCACCACAGAAUCCGGAAUAACCUCAACCUCCAUGCCGAAUGAAACCCCUGAAUCCAACGCAUCAGUAGGAACCACUAUUCCGAAAACAUUGAAAGCCUCAGAUACAGAGAACAGAGAGGAUUUAGCAACAACCAGGUCUUUAGUAAAUCUAAUCGCAAAGGUUUCUAUAAGCUCAAGUAAGAAGAGCAGUGAAGCUGAAUCUGAUGUAAAACCCCAUCACUACAAAUCUUUGAUCGGAGAACCUAAAACAAAGCUUGGGUCUUUUAGCAACCACACCAAGUCCACCACAACAAUGACCCUAAAGACAUUUCCUACAGAGGCAAGAAAGAAAAGAGACAACGCAGAAAUUAACGACACAACAAAUAUAUCUACUGUCGCUGAUUCCACUUCAUUCACCUCCCCAACGUCUCCGGACCACAGAGCUUCGUUAAGAAGUUUAGUUUUUCACACCAUGGACACCACAGACGUUGAGGAGUUUAAUUUUAGUGUAUCCCAGUCCUCUCCUCCUCCUCCUCCUUCCUCCACACCCUUCAUCCCCUCUUUCUCUGUUGUCAGCCCAGCCACCAGCGAUCACCUUUCCCUGGGUGCCGGGUUCCACCCUGGGACCCACAGCCUUAGGUGUGUAGACAAGUCGAGGCUUCACGGUGGCAUCUACAGUCGACUAUCCGGCCACAUGACGGGAUCACUCGCUGCACAGGUGUCGGAGAAGAAUCUGACCUACGAGCGCUCCUUGUUGUCCGAUCGUGGCGUUACAGCGACCAAAAAGAAGUCCGACAUCCAUUUCCCAGAUCUAAGAAGCUCAGUGCUGCCGGAGCUCAGAGGACGAGAAGGCAAACACAACAAAGGUUCUUCUAAGGAUCAGAGGAAAGACAAACAAGAAGCCGAGCAGCACUGACCCGAACACCGUCAACCCCUUCACUGUAAUGUCAACUGGUAAACCUCAUAACUAUAAACUAAAUAUGUCAUGUCAUACAUGACAGUUAAUGACAGUUAAUCAGAACUGGUUUAUAAAGCAGCAGACGGGUCAUUCAUGUGAAUACUUUUUUAAUAAUUGUUAAAUAAACAGCAAUUGUUUUACAUCACAGCGAUCACAUGGGCAUUACAAGAAUAAAUAAGCUUAAAACAAUGAACCCAGUUGUUUUGGUUACAGCUGCUGUAAACUAACAUACAAAAGAUGAUCUGAUAUCUCCUGGCUG